GUCGAAUUUUAGCGAUUUAUAACAUUUUUUUUAUUAGGAAAAAUGAAAUUAAAGGAGAUUGCAGGAAUAGCUUUCAUAAUGAUAUUCGUUCUUUGUUCGGAAGCAAAUGAAUUAUGCACAAGGAACCACACAUUUAAAGAUCAGCACACAAUUAUCAUUGAUGAAGCCUGCGAAUGGACUGUCAAUACGAACGAUGUUCACGACAAACUGCUAAUCAUUGCUACCCGUCAGAAAAAUGUUGCCCAAAUGUGUGGUACAGACGAUAGUAUUCAGUUAAAGGAAGAUCUUCACGGUAACACGGUAGCCACAUUAUUGAACAUCAACUGCUCUACACCAUAUAUGGUCCAGCUUAUGUUCUCAUCGACUGCGAAGGUGAAGGUCAAGGCAAGUGGAGCAGACAUUAUAUUGAACAUGACCUUCAAAGAAUAUAAAAAGCAAGGCUUCUAUAUUUCGCCAAAAGAAGAGGGUUACUCGCAGAAUAAUUGCCUAAAGUUUUUAGAAAAUAAAAUGCAAAUUGGAGUUAGGAAUCUCUCUGUGGGGGAAAUGUUGAAACCAACGGAGCAUGAAUGCCUAAAGUUCAACCACACUUUCUUCGAAUCUAACAACGGAACAAUUGUGCAGGGGAUGCAAACCUGUGAUAAAAAAUGCUCGACAUCAGACUUCUUUACUUUCCAUGAUACGGUAUGCUACUGUUUGGAUGGCGCCAAAGGGAUUGUUACCAUGGCGAAAUAUUGUUCGUUCCCUUGCCAAGAAAACCUACGGGAAAUGUGUGGAAGGCCGAACUACCUAACAAUUUACAGUUCAGACUCAAUUACUACCUGUCAGCUCCUACAAAUAGGCUCCGAAACUUCUUUUACACGCACAUAUGCCCACUGCUCAACACAACGAAGGAACAUUUGCCAAAACGAACUUUGUGGACAGACGUUUGAAGAAAACAAAGGUGUCUAUAAUUUUACGGCCAAACCUGGUAAGCAUGAAUGUACCUGGAAAAUCAGUGUGGAGUUUGACGUCGCAAUUAACGUGAGUGCUGAGAUGGACACUCAGUCAAUGGUACAGAUCUGCUUGAAACACGAGUUGAGUAUUUUCACGAAAACCCCUUCGACUGCUGAUUUAACAGAUAAGUCGUUAUGUAUGACUGGACUUAUCGAUUUCUUCGGUGUGGGUCCAGUCUUUAUCAACUUAAAAACAGAUAGCACAACAUCAACCACAGUGAUCUUCCGAUGGAAGACGAAUACCACACUAGAUAGUACAACAGCUAACACCAAACUGGGAGAUGUCAUAGCAAGUAGUUCACCGAUAUAUAUCGAUACGAUACGACACAAGAUCAAGGCCAGGAUGAGCGGGAUAGGGAAUCAGGUAACAAAAUAAACUGUCGACGUUUGGUAAAAUCUAAUCUUUUUAAAAAAACAACAAUAAAUAAACUGUCCUGAAAAAUACAUUCACAUUUCGAUGAAAUUAAGGACAUCACUGGC